AUGGCCCAAGGAACAAAGAAGUUGUCAAAGCCCAUCGCGGCCAAAUCUGGAAAAAGAACAAAUGCUGGCAUAAUGAAAAAAGGUCGAGUAGAAAUCGCACCAAAACGUGCUUCCCUCGUGAAGGCCAACAAUCUUAAUAAGAGAUUGGGCGCACAACUUGCUGCAGGAACUGAACGCCAUCUUGCGCAGAAAGCAGGCCAUCUAGAGUUGUUGGCAGGUGGAAAAAAGGACAGGAAAAAGGCAGCCGAGGCAAAGAAAUAG